GGAUACAUCCACACAAUCCUCCUCUUCCUCCCACCUCCCUGUGCUGGCCACGGCCAAUAUUACACACUCCAAACCCGCCAGUGGAACUCCAUCUAAGGGACGAGCACAGUCGUAGCCUGACUCCACAGACCAACAAGCACACAACCCAUCCGCCAUGGCUGACCAACUAACAGAGGAGCAGAUUGCAGAGUUCAAGGAGGCUUUCUCCUUAUUCGACAAGGACGGUGAUGGAACCAUUACCACCAAAGAGCUGGGCACCGUCAUGAGGUCGCUGGGUCAGAACCCCACAGAGGCUGAACUGCAGGACAUGAUCAAUGAGGUGGAUGCUGACGGUAAUGGAACCAUCGACUUCCCAGAGUUCCUGACCAUGAUGGCCAGAAAAAUGAAGGACACAGACAGCGAGGAGGAGAUCCGCGAGGCUUUCCGGGUAUUCGACAAGGACGGGAACGGCUACAUCAGCGCUGCAGAGCUCCGCCACGUCAUGACGAACCUGGGGGAGAAGCUAACAGACGAGGAGGUGGACGAGAUGAUCAGAGAAGCAGACAUAGACGGAGACGGACAGGUCAACUAUGAAGAGUUUGUACAGAUGAUGACUGCAAAGUGAAGCUUCCCCGCCCCAUCCUGCCCCUCUUAGAAGAAAAAAAAAAUAAAAAAAAUAACC